AAAAAAAAUUAACGAUUUAGUUAACGAUUUUUUUGCCACAAUUUUUUUUUGCCAUUGAUCUUCAAUUUAAAAGACAAACAAUUGAAACUCAUAUACUAUUUCUUUAGUUUGUGUGAUAAUUAUUAAUAAUAAAAAAAGAAAAGAAACAAAACAAUCAAAACCACUGAUGAAAACCACUCGGAAAACUAUAUGUCUCCAUAAUCUUCUCCUAUUGCUGAUUACUAUAGCAAUGAAAACUACGGGAGUUGUUGGCGGCGGCGGCGACGGAGACUGUAAAGCCGAACGAAAAGUGGCCAACAAAUGUCUGGACGACAAAUGGCUUGGGGUUAGCUCACGAACGUCACAGAUGACAGAUGUUACCUGUUGUCGGGCCAUUGAAAGCCUUUGUGUUGACUUUAAAUUUCAAUUGAUUUGCACUAAGACGACAGUCUCUCCGAGUGCCGAGUACUACCAAGGCACAUACGAAGCGUGCAAAGAUGCCAACAUCAAUCCGACCGCCGAAUUCUGCCGAAAAUUGCGACCGACGGCCGACAACUGUAAAAAGUAUUUGCCGUGUAAUCCUGACGACAAAAUACUGGUCGCCGAAGGCGGUGAAGCAGAUGGUAGUGGUAGUGGUGGAGGAGGAGGAGGCGGUAAUGGUAGCCAAACGCCGGCCGGCACACAAACACAGGGUUCGCAAAAGCCGAACGGAGCGGCCGCCCGUUUGCCGAAACUGGUGCCACAAUCGGUGUCUACACUGUUGUUGUCCGUACUGUUGGCCGGAGCCGUAGUUUUCAAAUGGUUUUGCGACGACAAUUGAUGGAUAGACUGAACCAUUUUGUGACUGAAAUGUGAAAUACAAUAUUAAUUAUUAUUUUAUUUUUUAUUCAA